AUGGAUCCCGUGGUCCCCAGAAGCACACUGUCUCCUGCUGGAUAUCAGGCUAGUGUUGAUAGCAAACCCAGGCUAUCCUCCCACUCCUACAGACGGGCUAUUGGUGGGCCACUAACAGAUAAAUACAGAACAAAGAGUGUGAACAAGGUUAAAGUGAGGCGUCUCAAAAUGCCUGACAAAGAAGACAAGCCAAAGACUGUUGGAUUCAUUAAGCUAUUCCGCUAUGCCUCAUGCCUGGACGUGGUGCUGAUGCUGGCUGGACUGGUGGCUGCAUGCCUCAGUGGUGCAGCCUUUCCUAUUGCAAUGAAUGUGUUUGGAGACAUCACCAACUUGUUUAUCAACCACCAAUUCUCCCGAGAUGUGGUCAGCUCAAAUGUCCUCCCGUGUCCCUCGAAUCCAAGCAUUCUUAUCCUAAUAUCAAAUGUGACUGGUGGCGUUGUGAAUUGCAGCACUAACUAUAUUUCUCCCGGCUGCACAUUCAACUUGUCUCAGUUCAUAUCUGGCCAAGUAAUGUGUUUAAGUAAUGAAGACUUCAUUUCAGAGAUCAACCUUCAAGUGUACGCAUUCAUAGGCAUUGCUGUCGGAUCGUUCCUCUUCUCCUGGAUUCAUGCAUGGUUUUUCCAGAUGGCAGCAGAGAGACAGACUCAUAGGAUCCGUCUCUUGUACUAUCGCUCUGUUCUCAAGCAGAACAUUGGCUGGUUUGAAGAGAACUCCAGUGGAGAAGUGUCCAACAGACUCUCAAGUGGACUGGACAAGAUCUACAGGGGCAUUGGUGAUAAUGUGUCGCAACUAGUGCAGUGGGUGGCCACAUUUUUAGUUGCCCUGGUCGUUGGUCUAGUGCGACAGUGGGAGCUGGCUCUACUCCUCUUUGUGAUCAUACCGUUUAUGGCACUUGCAGGGGCUCUGUUUUCUCGACUUGGAGCCAUAUUUUCAAGUCGUGAGGAGAAGCUGUAUUCAACUGCUGGAGGCAUAGCCAGUGAGGUCCUCUCCUCCGUCAAGACUGUCUUUGCCUUCGGGGGACAACAGAGGGAGAGUGACAGAUAUGACCGGAACCUAGCAGCUGCAACCAAGCAAGGGGUGUUCAAAGGUGCCACCGUUGGAUUCAGUGUCGGGGUCAUCUAUUUCCUUAUCUUCAUUGUCUACUCUGUCUCUUUCUGGUUUGGAGGGUUCCUUGUAUCAAGUGGUCGGGGACAAGGUGGUGACGUCAUCACAGUGUUCUUUGCCAUUCUAGUGGGAGCCUUCCAACUUGGACAGGCUGGACCGAACCUCCUCAACCUCUCCGAAUCUAGGGGAGCAGCCGGCGAGAUAUACAGUACCAUUGACAGGCCGCUCACAAUUGACUCGAGCUCAGAAGAAGGUCUAAAGCCGGAUAAUAUGGAGCACACCAUUGAGUUCAAAGAUGUCAAUUUCUCUUACCCCCAUCGACAAAAUGUGCAGGUGCUCAACAACCUGCAGCUGCGUGCUGGUGCAGGUCAGACGGUGGCUCUGGUAGGCCCCAGUGGCUCGGGCAAGAGCACUGUCAUUGACCUAAUUCAGAGAUUCUAUGAACUGGGUAGUGUUGGGCAGCUCCUGAUUGGAGGCUAUGACAUCAAGGACCUAAACCUCAAGUGGCUACGCAGUCAGAUGGGUUUAGUCUCUCAGGAACCCGUUCUCUUUGACACCACCAUUGCUGAGAACAUUUGCAUGGGCAACGAUAAUGCCACAAUGGAGGAGAUGCAAGAGGCUGCCAAGAGUGCCAAUGCUCACGAUUUCAUCUCGUCUCUUCCAGACGGCUACAACACACAAGUGGGUGAGGGCGGAGACCAAUUGAGUGGGGGACAGAAGCAACGUGUGGCCAUUGCUCGAGCUCUCCUCAGAAAUCCUAAAAUCCUCCUUCUGGACGAAGCCACCUCUGCCCUGGACUCUGAGAGUGAGAAAGUUGUCCAGAAUGCUCUCGAUAAUGCUUGUGCACGUACUGAUCGCACAACUAUUGUGAUUGCUCAUCGCCUCUCAACCAUUCAAAAUGCUGAUCUUAUCGUGGUUUUAGACAAGGGCCAAGUCACUGAAUCUGGUACUCAUUCCGAGCUUCUCACCAAGAAUGGAUUGUACGCUGAUCUCGUGAACACCCAGUCCCAAGCUCUACAACUUGAGGUUCCUCGAUACAGAGCCAGACCUCUAACUGGACGUAGCCUGAGAAGCAAGUCUUGGAAACAAAAGAGUAUCCCUCGUACUCUGCGACGAGCCACAACCUUCACUAGCUCCGUGAAAAACCUCUCUAGGCGAUCCUCUAGAAUUAGUACACCGUCUAGAGCUAGUAACCGUAGCAGCUCUGCCACAGAACCCACUGAGAUGACUGACGUUGGUACAUCUGUUGACGUUGUUGCCCCAAGUCCAGUGGAAAGCGAUAUUGACAAGGAUAAGCUCCCUGAUGUGUCGUCAUGGAAACUGAUGAAAAAUCUGUCGUGGAGGAUUUGGCUGGUGGUGUUCAUUGGGAUCAUGUCCUCCAUUUUGAAUGGCCUAGUCUUUCCCUCCUUUGCUGUUGUGUUUGGAGAAGUGCUGGGAGUGUUCUCUCUGCCGGCUUCUCAAGUUUUGGACGAAAUUCACCCGUGGGGAGCAACGUUUCUCGCUCUGGGCAUUGUACUCGCCGUCUCUACAUUUGUCAAGAACCUAUGCUUUAGUAUAUCGGGUGAGAAUUUGACUCGAGUUGUUCGCUCCAAGCUUUUCAAGGCCAUUCUUCGUCAGGAAGUUGGCUGGUUCGAUGAUGAAAGUAACUCAACGGCCGCACUCUCUACAAAGCUUUCCUCCAAUGCUGGAGAUGUCAGUGGGGCUGCCGGUGUGCGGCUGGGUACUGUGAUAGAGAUGUCUGUGACACUGUUGGCCUCCAUGGCUGUUGCGUUUGGUUACUCCUGGAUUACUGCCUUUGUUGUUGUGGGACUCAUUCCUAUCCUGGCUGUGGGCAGUGUACUGUACUUUUCUUUGGCUGCUGGGCGUAAGAAGUCCUCCAACAAGGGCCUCAAGGAAGCAUCAGAGAUUGCUCUGGAGAGUGUGAAGAACAUCCGUGUGGUGGCUGCUUUUGGUCUUGAAGAAUCGUUUUAUCAAACUUUUGAGAAAGAAGUUCUGGGAACCUACAAAUUGUCGGUCUGCCUUAGUGUGCUCUUUGGUGUUGCCUAUGCUCUCACCCAAUCUCUCGUUUUCUUUGCUUACAUUGUCACAUUUCGUUUUGGUGCUUACAUCGUCAUGUUACCUACUGAUGACAUUCUUUACACUGGUUACGAAAAUGUUUUCCGUGUAUUUUCUGCCAUUGUGUUUGGCUCAAUUGCUAUUGGAGCAACUGGUUCUUUCGCUCCAGAUUACACCAAAGCCAAGGAAUCAGCAAAAAUUGUGUAUGCCAUUUUGGAUAGGAAUCCUGAAAUCGACAAUUACUCCCAAGAUGGAUUAAAGCUCGAAGACGUGAAAGGAGAUCUCCAAUUUGAGAAUGUUUUCUUUGCCUACCCUCAGAGGCUCCAAGUGAACGUACUGUCAAGUUUCAGCCUCAAGGUGAAGCAAGGUCAAACUCUCGCUCUGGUGGGGGCAAGUGGAGGAGGCAAGAGUACAGUCAUGCAACUCAUCGAGAGGUUCUAUGACCCGCACGCUGGAUGUGCUUCUCUGGAUGGCACAAAUAUCUUGGACAUUAAUCUCUCCUGGCUCCGCUCUCAGAUUGGGAUAGUGUCUCAAGAGCCGGUGUUGUUUGACGGAACGGUUGCUGAGAAUAUCCGAUACGGGGCCCUGUUCAGAGAGGUGUCUGAUGAGGAGGUGAUUGCUGCAGCCAAAUCUGCCAACAUACACAGCUUCAUUGAAACACUGCCAAUGGGUUACAACACCAGUGUUGGUGGCGAGAGCAACCAGUUGAGUGGUGGACAGAAGCAACGUGUAGCCAUUGCUCGAGCUCUCCUCCGAGAUCCGAAAAUCCUCCUUCUGGAUGAGGCCACCUCUGCCCUGGACUCUGAGAGUGAGAGGGUGGUACAAGAAGCUCUCGACAAAGCCAGGGAGGGCAGGACCUGCAUAGUCAUUGCUCACCGUCUCUCAACCAUAUAUAACUCCGACUGCAUUGCUGUACUGAAGAGAGGCAAAGUGGCGGAGUUGGGGACUCAUCGGGAGUUGAUGGAAAAGAGGGGGCUCUAUUAUAGGCUGAAUGGAGCGAAGGCUACAAGCCAGCCAGAGCAGGAGACAAAUAACACCGAGAGUGGCAUUUCAAUUUUACAAAUAUAAUGUGACAUUUUAGAUAUAGCAAUUUUUAGACAUGAGUUUACAGUACAUUCAAACACAUUCAAUAGCUUCAUAAGCUAGCGUAUAAAUUUUGAAUUUUACCUUAUACGUACGUACACGGCAGUGGUUCUAGAUCUCCAAAUGCCAAUAAUGAUUAUGAUGACAAUUAUAAUUUUCAAA